AGGACUCCAGCGUGUCAUAGGAGAAGACUCCUGGGAAGGCGGAGGCCCACAGGGCGGGAGGCGGAGCCCGAGGAGGAAAGGUCGAACCAGAAGGGCAGAAGGCGGGACCUAAGGAGAGACGCAACUUUAAGAGGCAGGGAAAGGCCUAGGGGCAGGGUUUGGGAGAGAGCUGAGGCUGAGAGACUAACUGAAGGAGCGGGGCCAAUGGUCCAGGGUGGUGCUUAGGAUGGAAGAGUGGGCUGGAGUGGGCGGGGCUAGCACGAAGGGGUAGGCCUGAGGGGAGGAGUCAGUAGGUGGGCAGGGCCUGUGGAAAAGCUGAGCCCAAGAGACAGCUGACUGCAGAAGUCGUUGCCUGUCCUAGACCCAUCUGGGGAUUACUACUACUGGUGGCUGAAUACAAUGGUCUUCCCAGUAAUGUAUAACCUCAUCAUCAUCGUGUGCAGAGCCUGCUUUCCUGACUUGCAACACAGUUAUCUGGUGGCCUGGUUAGUACUGGACUACACAAGUGACCUUCUAUACCUACUGGACAUCGUGGUGCGCUUUCACACAGGAUUCUUAGACCAGGGCAUCCUGGUGGUGGACAAGGGUAGGAUUUCAAGUCGCUACGUUCGCACCUGGAGCUUCCUGUUGGACCUGGCAUCCCUGAUGCCCACAGAUGCGGCCUACGUGCAGCUGGGCUUGCACACCCCUAUGCUGAGGCUGAACCGAUUUCUGCGUGUGCCCCGCCUCUUUGAGGCCUUUGACCGCACAGAGACCCGCACGGCUUACCCAAAUGCAUUUCGCAUCACCAAACUGAUGCUUUACAUUUUUGUUGUUAUCCAUUGGAAUAGCUGCCUAUACUUUGCCCUAUCCCGGUACCUGGGCUUCGGGCGUGACGCCUGGGUGUACCCUGAUCCCGCACAGCCUGGCUUUGAGCGUCUGCGGCGCCAGUACCUCUAUAGCUUUUACUUCUCCACCCUGAUCCUGACCACUGUGGGCGAUACACCACUGCCAGCACGGGAGGAGGAGUAUCUCUUCAUGGUGGGUGACUUCCUGUUGGCCGUCAUGGGUUUUGCCACCAUCAUGGGUAGCAUGAGCUCUGUCAUCUACAAUAUGAACACUGCAGAUGCAGCUUUCUACCCGGACCAUGCACUGGUGAAGAAGUACAUGAAGCAGCAGCACGUCAACCGCCGGCUGGAGCGGCGAGUUAUUGACUGGUACCAGCACCUGCAGAUCAACAAGAAGAUGACCAACGAGGUAGCCAUCUUACAGCAUUUGCCUGAGCGGUUGCGGGCCGAAGUGGCUGUGUCUGUACACCUGUCUACUCUGAGCCGGGUGCAGAUCUUCCAGAACUGUGAGGCCAGCCUGCUGGAGGAGCUGGUGCUGAAGCUGCAGCCCCAGACCUAUUCACCAGGCGAAUAUGUCUGCCGCAAGGGGGACAUUGGCCGGGAGAUGUAUAUCAUCCGUGAGGGUCAGUUGGCUGUGGUGGCAGAUGAUGGUGUCACCCAGUACGCUGUGCUUGGUGCAGGGCUCUACUUUGGGGAGAUCAGCAUCAUCAACAUCAAAGGAAACAUGUCUGGGAACCGCCGCACAGCCAACAUCAAGAGUCUAGGUUAUUCAGACCUGUUUUGCCUGAGCAAGGAGGACCUGAGGGAAGUCCUGAGCGAGUAUCCACAGGCCCAGGUCGUCAUGGAGGAAAAGGGCCGUGAGAUCCUGCUCAAAAUGAACAAGUUGGAUGUAAAUGCCGAGGCAGCCGAGAUUGCCCUACAGGAAGCCACAGAGUCCCGGCUGCGAGGCCUUGACCAGCAACUCGAUGAUCUACAGACCAAGUUUGCUCGCCUCCUGGCUGAGCUGGAGUCCAGCGCACUCAAGAUUGCUUAUCGCAUCGAACGGCUAGAGUGGCAGACUCGAGAGUGGCCAAUGCCUGAGGAACUGGCUGAGGCUGAUGAUGAGGGCGAGCCUGGGGAGGGAACCUCUCAGGGUGGAGAGGGCAGGAGUGCCCAGGAGGGACCCCCAGACCCAGAGUGACCCCAUUCUUAUCUCUAGGACCCCAAUCUCCAAGGGAAUCCAGAGUUGUAGGAAAAUCUGCCUGCAGAAACUCUGCCAUCCUGUCUGCUAGGUACAGAGAUAGGAAUGAGUUGGGGGUAUAGAGGCUCACUUAGAAGUAAAAGAGUAUAGCAUCCAUUCAUCCCCCACUCACCAGCACACACACACACACACACACACACACACACACACAGUUGAAUGUACACAUACUGCCCCCAAGACUGCAUUCCAUAUAAAAUUCUCUGGAGUUUCCAUUUUCAGAACACAUAUCCUUUCUCACAAACAUAGGUAUGUCUAAUACCCACAUAACAUACAUACAUCCAUUCAUGCACCUCAUAAAGACACAUAUAGUGAGACACACACCAACAGACACACAGAUGCCUUCCACAGGUGUGCAUACCCUUGUGAACACAUAAAAACACACCCAGAGCCCUCUUCUUCCAAGAUAUCCUUUAAAUGCCUCCCAAUGGGAAGUUCACAAAUGUAGCCUGCAGGUUUUACUUCAAUAAAGUAUUUUCCUCCUCCCUAAGCAUUAUGGGGGUGACAGGAAAAGGCAAAGCCAA